UUGGGGAUGCACGUGGAGAGAGAUGUGGAAAAGGGUGUGCUGAGGUUGCACCAGAGGAAGUACUGUGAGGGGCUGGCUGAGAAGUAUGGGCUGCAAGAUGGGGGAAAGCCAGCAACACCACUACCUUCAGGGUUUACUGUAGAGCCAUGUGCUGAUGAGGAGGUAGUGGUGGGAUUGGAGUACAGUGGAGUGAGGCAGCGGUUGCAGAGAGGUGCUGCAGAUGUGAAGAGUGGAGAGAUGCUCUUGAGUUGCUAUACUGACGCUAGCUUCAACUCAGUGAAAGCGGAUGGCACCAGCAUUGUGGGUUAUGUGUGCUUGCUAGGAGGUGGUGCUGUGAGCUGGCGCAGCAAGAAGCAGAAUGAGGUGGGAUUGUCCUCAUGUGAGACUGAGUACAUGGCCUUACACCAUGGGGCCAAGGAAGUAGUGUGGCUAAGGCGUUUGUUGGAGGAGUUGGGAGUUGGUCAGGAGAAGCCGACAGUUGUGUUUUGUGACAAUGAGUCCGCUGUGAAGCUCGCCAAGAAUGCUUGUCUGCAUGGGCUGACAAAACACAUAAGGCCUAAGUGGCAUUGGGUGAGGAGACUCCUUGAUAAGGAGGUGCGGCUGGAGAUAGUGAAGACACAUCAGCAGGCAGCAGAUAUUUUCACCAAGCGUCUGGCGGAGGCGGAUCAUUGGAAGGGCAUGAAGCUUGCUGGGAUGAGUGUGCAUUGAGUAUGCAUGCUUGAGAUGUUGGUAUGGUGGAUGAUGGUUGGCAGCCAGAGGGGGAGAUUGUUGUGUGAUGUUAUCAUAUGCUAUCACAUUCUGUCUUCCUCCCAUCCCUUGUUUCAAUUCGCAUGUAUGGUUUGACUGUGUGUGAAAGAAUUUGUGUGGUGUGUUCUGGAGUUUGGGAAUGUGUUUUGUGUUAUUCUGUUUGAGCAGGUAUUUGCGAUGAUAGAUCUUGAGAAGAUCUUUCUGAGGCAACAAGAAUCGCUUCAAUCGGAGCAAGAACGCGAAAGCUAUGAAGAUUCAAAGUUCAUGAGCUUGCGUUA